CACCAGGAGUACUCAGAAAUACCUAGCUGAAAAGAGAAGAUACAGUUCAAGCGCCACAAAUUCUGACUUCCAGGACAAACUGUUGAAGAUUCUUGCCAGUGUCUUGAGCUACCUGAGCAGAUCAAGAUGAAGCUUCUGAUACCACUACUUGUGUGCAUGGCUGUAGCAUUUUAUGUCAGUCAUGCAGAUUCUGGCUCGGGCUCGUGUAGCUGUGAAGAUGAAGAUAGUAUAGGGGAGAAUAUGGAGGAGGAAGUUACCAGUACCUACAUCAUCACAGCGGAGAGUAAGAAGGACCUAAACAAACUUCUGAAGAAACUAUCGAAAAAGAAGGACUGCAAAGAUGCCAUUGUCAAAUCAGUCGUAAAUGAAUUGAUGUUUGCCGCCACGGUGAAGAUGAGUACAGACUGCGUCGAGGAGGUGCACGAUUGGGGCUAUGAAAUCGAACCUAAUGCCCUCCAGUUCACAGACGAUAUAUCGGACCCUUCAUCAGUUGACGAUAUCCAGUCAUGGGGUAUUGAUCGUAUCGACCAAAAAUUUCUUCCACUGGACAACGAGCCAUUUAAUAUCGAUGGCGGAGACGGUGUCGACGUAUUUAUCCUGGACACAGGAGUCUACACCGACCACUCGGAAUUCGGUGAACUUGGACAUAAACGGGCUGAGUUUUAUGCAGAUACCUUCAAUAUGAAUAACCCUACAAAAGGCGACCCUAACGGUCACGGGACCCGGUGUGCUAGCUCUGCUAUUGGUCAAACUCUUGGUGUUGCGAGAAAGGCAAAGGUCAAAAGCAUCCGUGUGGCCAAUCAUCAGGGCACUGGUUCCAUUGAAAAGUCUAUCUUGGGUUUCGAUUUGGUCCACCAGUAUGCAGAGGCACAAUCAAGUGAUUACAAGUGCGUGGUCUCGUACUCAUUGACGUUGCCCACUACCUCGAAACCGUUAGAUGAAGCCGUCAAGAAAAUAUCACAGAAAUGCUUCGUGGUCGUUAGCGCCGGCAACUACGGCAGUGGCAAUGACCCCGAUCUUGCCGAUGCCUGCAACUACUCCCCAGGGCGGAGCGAACAUGUAUUCACCAUCGGAGCGUCCCGUCUUCGGGUAUCGAAGACCGAGGACCACAAGGCUGGCUUUUCCAAUCGCGGCAAGUGUGUCACGCUCUUCGCCCCUGGUCAUAAACUCACUGUCGCUUCCAGUAAGGGUAACACAACAGUCGAAAUCAGCAGUGGAACAUCAUUUUCUGCUCCAAUUGUUGCAGGUGCCGCAGCUUUGUUGCUAUCCAAUGGAUGCAGUAUGGCUGCAGUGAAAAGUAUUCUGGUUACCACCGCCACCAAGAACCUCCUGCAGGAUCUAACAGAGGAGCAUCUUUUCUUGAAUGUCCAACAUGAAGCGUUCAAACAUCCCGGAUGUGUAUUUUAAAUCGAGAUAACUUUCCCGGUUUAUCGAGUAUCGAUCGGUCUAUCGAGUUAAUAUCUCAUUUAUUAUGCUUCCGAUUAAACAAUCUUGCAGAAAUUAGUGGCUCAUUUCCGGAUACGUAAACGAUGCCAUUUAGAGCACGUAGAAUUCGCUUUAUGAGAAUGUUCUAUAAUUUUUUGACUUAAUUUUACACUGAUUACAUUGUUUGUUGUUAAUAGGGUUUAAAUGUAAUGCUGACAGAUAUAAGUUUCGAAAUUCGAAUUAUUUUUUUUGCAAUUCCGUCAGGAGUAUGUAUACUGGAAGUUCGACAUUCCCCUCAGCACAUUGCAUUGUAGUUAUCAAUUGUCCUCAUCCUCUCUCAGCAAUUCUUCAUUAUUAAUGCAAAUUAAAAACAUCAUUUUUAUGAACCAAAAUCUAAGACUUGAAUAUAAGAACCACCCUAUCCCAUCAUAAACAUGGAAAUCGGUUCUUAUAGAAGAUUGAGCGAUCAGCUACAGUUCUCAUUAUCGAUCUGCAGUCACUAAUCCUUGUUGUUGACGGUCCAUAUCAUUUUUUCUAAAAUUCAACCAAAAUCAAGCUAAGGUUUUGCCCAUGUAUAUCCAUGUGUUCUCUACACUAAAAAUAACUAAAUGAUCAAGUGAGUGAUAUCGUAUUUGCUUCAUAAAAUCGUUGUGAAAUCUAUGCGUCAAUGUUAUUAAAGUUAAAUGGUAAUAAAGU